ACACGUCAAGCGAGCCAAUGCUAAAGGCUUAUAUGCACUCAUUAUGGGAGGUAAGAUAUUCUUUUCUGAUGACAUGUGAUUAUCUAUUUAAAAAAAUAAUAAUUGUUUGCUGAUGACAUUUAAUAAAUGUGCUAUUUUAAAUUAAAAAAACAGCAUUUGCACGGGGUAGAGUGGACGACUGGAAGAAGAGGUUGGUGGGGUUCGGGGCAGAUGGGGCUGCUGUUAACUUCGGGAAAGACAAUGGUGUCCAGGCCCUCCUCAAACGGGAUAUCGCAUAUCUCAUUGCCCUUCACUGUGUGGCCCACCGUGCUGAGAGGGGGCUCGUUGACAGCCUCAAGGAGCUUGACAAGCUCAAGGCACUUCAUCAGAACCUUAAGUGGCUUUACAAGCACUAUAAGUUCAGCCCAAAAGCCUUACAUGAGCUGCGUUUGGUAGCGGAGGCCUUGGAGGAGAAAGUGCUGAAGCCAACCAACCUUGCUGGGGCGAGAUUUCUCCCUUACAUACACAAAGCCAACAAGGUAGGUCUAAACAAAUAUUUAAUAGAUAAUUAAAUCUCAUCAGGAUAGAAAAUAUAAAAUUGCUAUCUUUAUUGCAGAUUGUGUGCGAAAGCUACGCGGUAUUCGUGACCUACUUCCAGGAUCUCAUAAGCACUGAGAGAAGACCGAAGCCAAGCCCAAAGGUGCGAGGAAGGGCGUACAGGAUCCUCACCUUCCUCAUGGACUAUGACAAUGUACUUUUCAGUUAUUUCAUGCGUGACACUUUUGAAGCCCUCUCUGAGUUGUCACUGAACUUCCAGAAGGACAGCCUGACUGUAUGUGAUGCUGUGGAAGCCCUGGAGACAUGCUCACUGAAGUUAGUGGACCUGCAGUUCCAACCAACUGAGGGGAUGCAGGAGGUCAUUGAUGCAGUCUCAAAAACCGGCCUCUUCCGAGGGACUAAACUCAAGUAUGUCAACGAAGGGCAGAUUCUCUUUCUCCGGAAGAAAGUCAUAGAUGUGCUCAUCAAGCACCUGGAGAAAAGAUUCCAAGAUCUCCAGAAAGGGAGUGUCCCUUCAAAAUUUUCCAUCUUCAACCCCAGUCAGUGGCCCUCUGACAGACAGGAGCUGGCUGCCUAUGGCAAACAAGACUUUGCUGAUAUCUGUGAGCAUUAUCAGCCCCUGAUGGACGAGCACAGUGUUACAACUAAAAUGCUGAAGUCUGAGUUCAUCCUCUACAAGAGUUAUGCAGCAGCCCGCACACUUCGAAUGCCACAGAUCUUCUCUGGCAUCCUGUGUGACACUGAGAGAUGCAAACAGUAUAAGGGGCUGUCAAUACUGUUUGAAAUAUACCUUGUUCUGGCAGUCAACACUGCAGUGUGUGAGCGGGGGUUCAGCUGCAUGAAGAGGGUGAAGAACGACUGGCGUUCCUGUCUGGGUACUGAGCAGCUCAGCCGCCUGAUGUUUUCCUCCAUUGAGGGCCCCUCAAUGGACAACUUUGAUGCUGCCGGAGCCGUGGAGAAGUGGUGGACCUCAGGAAAUAGGGCUCGUCGCCCUGGCUUCAACCCGUGGCAGAAGGAGCAGGAGCAGGAGAUACGGGACGACCUCUAUGAAGACCUGGUUCUUAUGGAUCAGGAAGCCGAGCAGGAGGAGAAUGUGCGCCAGGAGGCCAUAUCUGACGAGCUCGGACUUGAGGCAGAGAAUGUGGCUGCUGGCGAGAAGCGCUUGGCUGAAGCUCUUGACGACUCAGAUGAGUCAGACAUAGACGAGUCAGACAUUGACACUUUCUUGAAAGACUAUUAGUCGUUGAAUCAGCAAA